UUACCCACAGAUGAGGCACUUGCUGAUGUGGGAGCAGCACGGUACUAACGGAGGAGUUGGGCGACUUUCAGCAAGAGUUCAACGGUGGUUCGCAAGAUGGGACUGUUGGCUGAAAAUGUCUCCUUCGACUCCAGUAUCCCGCCGGCUGCAGACCUCUCUGUGGGGGUCAUCUACUCCAUAUUUGGAGUAUGUUCCCUGUGUGGAAACAGUGUGUUGCUGUACGUGUCCUAUCGAAAGAGGCACCUGUUGAAGCCUGCUGAGCUCUUCAUCGUUAACCUGGCCCUUAGUGAUCUGGGUAUGACCCUCUCCCUCUACCCUAUGGCAGUCACCUCCAGCUUUUAUCACAGGUGGCUGUUCGGACGGACUGUUUGUGUAUUGUACGCAUUCUGUGGGAUUCUCUUUGGAAUCUGCAGCCUCACAACUCUAACUAUUCUCAGCACAGUCUGCUGUCUGAAGGUCUGCUACCCUGUUUUCUCUUCAGGGAACCGCUUCAGCCACCGGCACGGCAGCGUGCUGGCGGCGUGCGCCUGGGGCUAUGCGCUCAUCUUCGCCUGCUCGCCGCUGGCCCAGUGGGGAAGCUUCGGGCCGGAGCCGUACGGCACUGCCUGCUGCGUCGACUGGGGCCGGUCCAGCCGCGAGCCCGUGGCGCGCUCCUUCACGCUGGCGCUGUUCCUCUGCUGCUACGUGCUGCCCUGCGGCCUCAUCAGCUCGUCCUACACGCUCAUCCUGCUCACCAUGCGGCACUCGCGCCGCGCCCUGCGACGCCACUCGCACGCCCGCGUCCAUCUGCACACGCAGACGCGCAUGGGCAACAUUCAGAUCGUCAUAGUCAAGCUGAGUGUGGCUGUGUGUAUUGGCUUUCUGGCUGCGUGGAGUCCGUAUGCCGUGGUGUCCAUGUGGGCGGCGUUUGGCCACUUCGAUGACAUCCCCCCAAUGGCGUUCGCCAUCCCGGCCAUCUUCGCCAAGUCGUCUCCCCUCUACAACCCUCUGGUCUACCUGCUGCUCAAGCCCAACUUCCGCCGAGACCUCCCCUCCCUACUGGAGGCCUGCGCUUGCCCCAAGCUGCUGUGCCCCCACCCAUGCUCCACCUGCAUGCAUGUCUUGCACACUAUGCACCAAAGGGCUGAAUCUGCUGCUGGAUUGGGCCAACCAAUGAGUGGCGAGGAGCAGUGUGUGUGUGAGCACUGCCGCGACCCGUUCGAGCACUUCAGGCGCUACCCCCGCGGCUGCCAGCUCAGCGUCAACACCGUCCAACUCUCCUUAGAGCCCGUGCACACAUCACCCUCAUAUGCCUCGCACUCACGCGGGCGCGCGCACACACACUCACACACACGCUCAGGCACAGAUCCCCAGCACCCAGUGCGUGUGGUCGUGCGAGGGAAGAAGAGCUCAGAUAUCGACAGUCUGGAGAUCACACUGGAGAGGGUGCAGUCGUCCUCCUAAGUGUGUGUAAAUGUGUGUCGGUGUGUGUGU